AUGGCCGCGGAGCGCCGGGAGCCGCCCCAGAGUCCGGGCUCAGCGGCCCGGGCGCCGCGCUCCCCGGAGCUGCCAGACCUGGUCCUGGUGCCCGCGGACGACAGCCCCGCCACGCCCCCGCCCGACCUCAUCGAGAUCCAGGUGGUGAGGGUGACGGACAGCACGCUGGCGCCGGAGCCCCCGGAGCCGGGCUCCCUGCACUGUGCCUUGUGCCCCGCCGCCUUCCGCCUGGUCUCCGAGCUGCUGUUCCACGAGCACGGCCACCUGGCCGGCGCCGGGGCGGGGGCCGGGGGCGGCGGGCGGCGGGGCGCGGACCCCGGCCGGUGCCACGUGUGCGGCCACAGCUGCGCGGGCCCCGCCAGCCUCCGCGCGCACUACAGCCUGCACACCGGGGAGCGCCCGUUCCGCUGCCCGCUCUGCCCCCGCGCCUUCGGGGCGCUGGCGGCCCUGCUGCGGCACCAGCUCCGGCAUGGCGCCGAGCCGGGAGCCCCUCGGAGGCCCCCCGAUCCCCCAGCGGCGGGGACUCGGGCACCGGGGCCCGGGGUGGCCCCGGAGCGCCCCAAGGCGGCGGCGCUGGUGGCCCUGGGGAAGCCGUUCGCCUGCCGGUUCUGCGCCAAGCCGUUCCGCCGCUCCUCGGACAUGCGCGACCACGAGCGGGUGCACACGGGCGAGCGGCCCUACCACUGCGGCGUGUGCGGCAAGGGCUUCACGCAGUCCUCGGUGCUGAGCGGCCACGCGCGCAUCCACACCGGCGAGCGCCCGUUCCGCUGCGUGCUCUGCGCCCGCACCUUCAACAACUCCUCCAACUUCCGCAAGCACCAGCGCACGCACUGCCGCGGCCCGGGGCCCGGGCCCAGGCCCAGGGACGCCGGGAGCCAGCCGGCGGCGGGGGCCGAGGGACCUGGGAGCCGGCCGAGUGGGGUGGGAAACACGCGAGAACAGGGGUCUGGGGAGACGGCGAUCAUGCAGGCGAAGGUUGACCAGUAG